CUACCAUCCCAUUCCUCUCCAAGACCACACAACCCAGUCAAUCACCUCCCUACAUCUUCCGGCGAUAUACCAACUUUCCGGCGACCAGCGACUGGGACCAAUGGCUGCCAAAUUGUCUCUGGUCUUGGUGAUUGCCUGCACCCUGUAUGUGCAUGCAUUUGCUCAAUCCGGUUGCACGGCCACAAUCGUCAGCCAGCUUGCUCCGUGCUUGAGCUACAUAACCGGGAACUCGUCCACGCCCGGUUCCUCAUGCUGCAGUGGGCUCGACAACGUGGUCAAGACCCAGCCCCAGUGUCUGUGCCAAGUCAUUGGACCCAACGCUGGGUCCUCGAUUGGGAUCACGGUGAACCAGACGCAGGCAAUGGCACUCCCUGCUGCUUGCAACGUUAAGACGCCUUCACCUACCCUAUGCAGCUCUAUCAGUGGCGGCUCGCCCACUGCUUCUCCUUCCACUCCAACUACUGCACCACCAAGCUCGGUCCUCCCAUCCCCGCCAUCUGCUGCGAACAGUCCACCAGCCACAACAACAGGAACAUCUCCAUCGGUUACUCCUCCAACCAAUGGAGGCCCCAUGAACUCCGCCCCUUCACUCAUGGCACUCGCUAUCGUCUUCCUCAUUUCAUGUGCUUCUUCUGCUGGGUCCUUCUAGAUUGGAGCUUCCUUUUAUCGAUUUGCAUGUUCCAUUUUUCAUGGAGAGAGCUAGGGAUAUGGAUCUCUGAGACCAUCUGAUUUUCUGGGCAUUGUAUUAUUCUUAUCCUUAUUAUUAAUAAGACGGCGUGUGGUUUAUGGUA